AUUCAGUUUUUUAGCAAAAUGAAGAAGUGGAUGGACAUGUCAAACCUGCCCCAGGAAUUCCGAGAGCGAGUUGAGAGGCUGGAGAGAAAUUUUGAAGUGUCAACCGUGAUUUUCAAAAAGUUUGAACCAAUAUUUUUUGAUAUAUUUCAAAAUCCUUAUGAAGAAACUUCCAAACCGCAUCGAAGCCGGAAGCAGAGGCGGGUGCCAUGCAGCGUCAAAGAUCUCUUCAACUUCUGCUGGACUCUCUUUGUGUACACCAAGGGUAAUUUCCGUAUGAUUGGAGAUGAUUUAGUAAAUUCCUAUCAUUUACUUCUGUGCUGCUUGGACCUGAUUUUUGCCAAUGCCCUUCUGUGUCCAAACAGAAGAGACUUGCUAAAUCCAUCGUUCAAAGGCUUGCCAGUGGAGUUCCAGGCUCUGGGGAUCCCAGGCUCCGAGGAGCCUCCCUGCAUCAUCGCCCUGCUCUGCGAGCUGCACGACGGGCUCCUCGUGGAAGCCAAGGGCAUCAAGGAGCACUACUUCAAACCUUACAUUGCAAAGCUCUUUGCCAGGAAGAUCUUAAAAGGAGAUUGUCUGUUGGAUCUUUGCAACUUCACAGAAAAUAGCAAAGCACUGAACAAAGAGUAUGAGGAGUAUGUUCUGACCGUGGGUGACUUUGAUGAGAGAGUUUUCCUGGGAGCUGAUGCUGAAGAAGAAAUUGGCACUCGAAAAUUCCCUGCAGAUGUGGCAGGAGAGAAAACAGCAGCAAGAGCUCACAUGGAGUGUCAUCUGCAGCAGCAUUUUGAAAAGAAAAGGUCGUUUGCUCCUUCCACUCCACUGACUGGCAGGAGGUACCUGCGGGAAAAGGAAGCUGCCAUCACUCCGGUGGCUUCGGCCACGCAGAGCGUGAGCCGUCUGCAGAGCAUGGUGGCUGGGCUGAAAAAUGCACCAAGUGAACAGCUUACAGCUAUUUUUGAGUCUUGUGCCCGCAGCCCCUUGGAAAGCAUCGUGAGCAGAGUGAAGGAGAUUGGUGAGACCUUCUGCUGCAGCUACACUCAGUCAACAGAUGAGCAGCCAGGAUCUCACAUAGAUUUUGCUGUAAACAGAUUAAAACUGGCAGAGAUCUUGUACUAUAAAAUCUUGGAGACUAUAAUGGUGCAAGAAACACGGAGACUGCAUGGGAAGGAUCUGACUGCGCUGCUGGAGCAGGACCUGUUCCACCGCUCGCUGCUGGCCUGCUGCCUGGAGCUCGUGCUCUUCGCCUACAGCUCCCCGCGCACCUUCCCCUGGAUCAUCGACGUCCUGGACCUCAGGCCUUUCUACUUCUACAAGGUUAUUGAAGUGCUGAUUCGGUCUGAGGAAGGGCUGUCCAGAGACAUGGUGAAGCAUCUCAAUAGCAUUGAGGAACAGAUUCUGGAGAGUCUGGCCUGGACUCGGAACUCAGCACUCUGGAAUGCACUCGAGGCCUCAGAAAACAAAGUCCCAACCUGUGAAGAAGUCAUAUUUCCCAGUAAUUUUGAGGCCAGCAAUGGAGGAAGUGGGUUUGGGCACUUGCCCAUGAUGCCUUUAUCUCCCAUAGUUCAUCCUCGAGUGAAGGAGGUUCGGACAGACCUUGGUGGGAGUUUAAGGCGAGACGUGCAGCCGUUGUCCCCAAUCUCCGUUCACGAGCGCUACAGUUCUCCUACAGCUGGGAGUGCCAAGAGAAGGCUCUUUGGAGAUGACAGCCCCAAAGAAAUGCAGAUAGAAAAAAUCUUAACGAAAGGAACUAAGCUGACAAUUGCUCCAGCAUCAAGCAUUGGUGCUGAAAACAUGUCAGCAUCUCCUGGCCAGACAGUGCUGACCAUGACAACCGCUACAGGACCAGGAAAAGCAGGACAGAAGGUCACUAUCCCACUGCAUGGUGUUGCAAAUGACAUGGGUGGAAUCACCUUGGUCCCCAUCUCGAUGAAUUUAGGCCAGCCCUGUAAAGUGGACGUGCAGGCUCCCUGCCACCCUCCUGGGAGCCAAGCACAAGAGGUGCAGCUGCCAGCAGCCAGCAAACCAAAGAGGACAGGCUCCUUGGCACUGUUCUACAGGAAGGUGUAUCACCUGGCAAGUGUGCGCUUGCGCGACCUGUGCUUGAAACUGGAUGUUUCCAACGACCUGCGCAGGAAGAUCUGGACGUGUUUCGAGUUCACCUUGGUUCAUUGUGCUGAUCUCAUGAAAGACAGGCAUUUGGACCAGCUCCUCCUCUGUGCAUUUUAUAUCAUGGCCAAGGUAACCAAAGAGGAAAGAACUUUCCAGGACAUAAUGAAAAGUUACAGAAAUCAGCCACAAGCCAACAGCCAUGUUUAUAGGAGUGUCUUGUUGAGAAAUACUUCUGAUGAUGUCGCAUUGGACAAAAAUGCAAACCCAGACACAGAGAUGACAGAAGACUCAUCUGUGAAAGCUGGCAGCUCCUCAGGACGAUCUGCAGCAGAGAACUCGAGUGAAUCAGAAACAGAGGAGAGAGGAGAUCUUAUUAAAUUUUACAACGCGGUCUACGUAGGAAGAGUAAAGUCAUUUGCACUGAAGUAUGAUAUCACAAACCAGGAUCAUGUGGUGGAGGCGCCGCCGCUGUCGCCGUUCCCCAGCGUGCGGCAGCAGCCGCUGUCGCCGCGGCGCGUGUCGCAGCAGCACUCGGUGUACGUGUCCCCGCACAAGAGCAGGAACCAGAACAAGGGCGGCGCCUGCCUGCCGCCCCCCGCCGCGCUGCUCUACAGGUUCAACGGCAGCCCUUCCAAGAGUUUGAAGGACAUCAACAAUAUGAUAAAACAAGGUGAACAUAGGAGUAAGAAGCGAGCAAUAACAAUUGACAGUGACACUGAAUCCCCCACGAAGCGACUCUGCCAGGAAAACGAUGAUGUUCUACUAAAACGUCUGCAGGAUGUUGUCAGUGAAAGAGCAAAUCGCUAAAAAACUUCUGUUUUCUGAGGGAUCUCUAAGUUACAGAGCUGGAUUCAGCUAUUGUGCUUUUUAUUUCUUGGUUUUGUACAUAGACAACUGCCAAGUUCCUUCAACACUGAACUUUCACCUGACUUCCACAGGACGCAGAAAGUGAGAGUUAUGUAGGAAAUGCCAGUGAUCUUCAUUCCCAAAGAGCACACUGUGCUGUAACUUACUCUGAGCUAUUUUAGCUGAAGAGUGUUCUGUGAAAGCCAUACUGGAUGUUCUCAAGCCUCAUUUAGAGCAUCGUGAGUUCUGAGUGUAACUCAGCUUGUAAUACCGGCUUUAUUGUUGGAAUAACAGUGAUAAAUGAGUGAAAUCAGUGAAGUUUCCUUUUGGUAUUUGGAGAAGAAAUUUGCAAAGUGCCUUAUUUGGAAAGAAUAGUGAAUUUUAUGCAUUAUUUUACUGUGGAGUAACUGGAGGGAGAAGAAAUUAAUUAUUUAGCUUCAGGAAGAGCUGAUCCAUUUAGAACUGUCAGAACUUCUGUUACAGUGUAGGUUGUGACAUGUAUCUGACAGCUUUUGCAGUAACAAAGGCAAUAAUCUAAAAACACAAAUAGUGGUGACUUAGGUUGGGCUCUGGUGGGGCACUGAGAUCCAGUUCUGUGAGCCUGAAUUCCCUCUCUCUUGAGCCAGUGGUGCUCCACGUUGGAAGCCACAGAGCAGCCUGCCCUGGGUGCUGUUCAUACAGAUGGCAGCUCACCCAUGAGGAAAUACAGUUACAGCUGAAAUCAGCAGCUGGGGCUUGGCUGUCUCAAAGCUGUUCAAAUGCACAGAUUCAUUUAACAAAUUGAAUCUCUCUAAUUUUUUCCUGAAGGCCUUUAGCCUCUCCUGUAGUAUCUACGCUGAAUGUAAGUCCAUCACGAAGGAGGUAUGUGUGUGUGAGGGUUUGUAGCUGUUGAAGGCUUGGAUUCACUGGAAAGGUAUAAAUUCCAGCAUCCAAUUCUCAUUACUGAGUUUUUAAUGCUGAGGAUUUGGUAGGGUCUAUUUUACCAAAAUGGAGAAAAGUCAGGGUUUACUCAUUACUGUAAAUCAGUAGUUUGAUCUUAUUUUAUAAUUGUAUUUAAGGUUAGAGCCAUAGAGCAACUUCUCAGCACUGUAAUUUUCAGUUUCUGUGUAACUGAACUAAAGAAAAAAAUAAAAAAGAAUAGGACUUAUUUGAGGGCCUCUAGGGGAGGACACUGCUGUGGUUUUGAGUGGCCUCAGCCAAUGAAUCUAGCCAGUGAUGAAGGAGAAAUUAAUUACUAAGUAUAGGUGUGCAGGGACACUACUCAGCAAGGAGUAGAAAGUUUACAAACUUGUUUUUGAGUCAUUAACUACUUGAAUAUUUGAAUUUUUUUGUUUUAAUUUUUUUAUUUUCAAAUAAAGGUGCUUGCCCUUGGAGAGCUGCAGUAUGAGGAAAUGGCCAUGCAGUGAAGGAGGUUUCAUGUAGAUAUUUAAUUUCCUUUAAAUUUAUUCAAGUUCUAAUGUUUGUUUUCAGAUUUUGAGAUAAAAAGUGGAAUAUUGCAGCCCUUCUGGAUAGGAAAUGUGUGGUUAGGCAUGACAGCAUCAGUCUUUCCUCAGUAUUGUACAAUGAGAGUUUAGUUGACACGGUUUUAGUUCAAUAUUGUGUGUAAAUCUGGUGUCUCUGCUCCCCACACUGUCACUGCCUUCUCUGACAGUAGACAACUGAUGAAGCCAAAAUCCCUAUUAACUGUUGAUAGGUGUAAUGUUUCUUCAUUAGGAAAAUGAAUGUACUACAACUGGAUGCAGUUCAGAAUUCUUCACCUUUUCAGGUGAUCUAAAAACAAUUUUGGGCUUGUUGAACAGCUAAAACAAUAGCUUACAUGGAAAUUUUCUAACGGUUUCAAAGUGCCUUCAUGUGUAAGUCUGUAUUUUGUAAUAAACAGCUAAAAAGUAUUUUAACCUGUGUUGCUGUAU